AACCCUACACAGUGGUCAAGAUCACAAAGGGACCCGAUCUCUUCUUCUUCGAGCUCGUCCCGGCUUUCCUAUUUCAACACGAGUGGCCAAUCAGCUCGGCCGCCUGGCCGGAAGCCACCAACGAUUGGCUGACAGAAAACGACGCUAAGAUCGCCAAGGACUUCGGCUUCUACGCCCUGGCCUUGCCGUGUCCGGCGAACCCGGCGGACCCGUCGCUGUUUAGGAUAUCCUUCGACAUGUCAGAGAAGUAUCUUCUCCGGCCGGUGCCGGCUCACGGUCCCGAUCUUCCGGUCGUGUCUAGAAAAGCCUGCGAGAAAAUUCUCCGUACGAUCCGCGAGGCGGACAAAGAUGAAUUCCACCCGGUCAACUCGUACCACGUCAAAACCCUCCUGCUCCACCAGUGUUUCCGGUGGCCGGCGGAGGGCGCGUGGGGGCCGGAAAAAUUGGCGGAGAGGUUUCUGGAACUUUUCCGGGACUUGAUCUUCGCCCUGGACAACCAGGACCUGCCCCAUUUCUUCCUGCGGGACUGCAACCUGCUCCGGCACUACCCGGCCGAGUCGCUGGCCCGGUCCGCGGCGAGGCUCAAGGUCAUUUAUCAAGAUGUUUACAUGUCGCCUAGCAACAGUAUACGUCUGAGCGUCGACUGAUCCAAAGGGGGGUGGGAAAGGGAAGGGGGGAGAGGAAUUUCUCUGUGUGAAGGGUUUGCGUGCGUGUGUGUUGUUUGUUUGCCCAUAUUUUUAUUAUCAGAUUUUGUUCGAAGUGAAGCGGUUGCUAGGUAACGGUAUGUGAGUGAAUAAUCGACGGCUUGAUAAAGGGAAAUAAUUCUGAUUGUUUGAAGUGUUUCGUGGUAAAUCAUCGAAUAUCCGGAGAGAAAAAAUAUUCCAAAUAAUUACAAUAAAAUUCAAACAAUAUCUUUGGCGGUGCAGAACUAUUAUACAAUUCUAUUACCAUUUGAAGUAAAUAAAAUAAAUUUUGUUGCAUUUACAAUAUUAGUAUACAAUCUAAGUUGUUGUUUUCUUAAAAAUAUAUUCUAAAAUUUAUCAAAUUCAUUAUGUUUAUUGAAUAGGGUUCAUCCAUAGAUGACGUCACGCUUUUAUUUACGAUCUUUACCUCCCCCUCCCCUCCGUCACACGUCGUUAGAAAAAGCCAGACCCCCUCCCCUAAAAUGACGUCACACCUCAACCUACAAUCCCCCUCGAAAUUGCAGUUGAAUUUUUUUCCAAAAUCUUGUCUAACUAUUACAAUUUAUUAAAACAGUUAUUUAAAACGCGAAAUAACGUCUAGAAUUCGUUUUCUAACAUUGCUUUUUUAUAAUGCAAAAAUGUGACGUCGCAACAUAUGAACACCCCCCCCCCCCCUCCCCCUCAUCACACAUCGUCACAAAAUUACGAACCCCCCCCCCUCCCCCCUACGAGUGUGACGUCAUUUAUGGAUGACCCCAUAGGUUAAAGCUAAUUUUAAUUAUAUACAUUUUUUUCUCCAAUUAGGAUUAAGCUGAUUUUAAUUAUCAUAUAGUAUAUGACUCAUAUACAUUAUAUUAGAAACUAAUUUUAAUAAUAAAAUUGUUUAAAUAAUCUAAUUUUAAUUAUAUCCAUUGUUUUAUAAUUAUUACCUACAGAUUUUUAAUGAACUGGAUUAUAGGUCGUAGCUAUGAAAUGACGAUCAUUAUGGAGCCGGAACAAUUAGUUAUUAUGUUGUUGAUUUACAGAAUAUCAGAUUACAAGGAGCUCGAGUAUCACAGUGAAUCUCACGGAUGUGUUUCAAUGGGUAGUCUAACGUUAGAGUGUUACUUUCGAGUGCUACUUUGUAGUGAUACUUUGCAGUGAAACUUUGGGGUAUCACUUUGAAGUGUUACUUGUGAGUAUUACUUUAACAUGUUACUUUGAAGUGUUACUUUGGAGUCUCACUGUGAAGUGUUACUUUGGAGUAUUACUUUGGAGUGCUACGAAAGUUACUUUAGAGUGUCUCACUUUGGAGUCUCACUUUCACUGCAGGGUUUAAAGGUCAGUAAAGACUGUAAGAUCUACUACAGGGUCGCACUGCUGGACUAGUAGUGGUUGAAAGGUCUCACUGUUAGGUUUCACUGCAGGCUCUCUCUGCAGGGUCUCACCUCAUGGUUUCACUACAGGGUUCCAUUGGCAGGUUUCACUGCAGGGCCCUCACUGCAAAUUUUCACCGUAAGACCAAAGACUUAAAACAUCGAAUACUUAUUCCUGGGCUACUAAAAUAUAUCAAAGUCAAUGUUGGAGGGGGGGGGGGGGGGGAUAACGAAACCACGCCCGCCCUACCCAGGGAUCAUAUAGGUAGAUUAAUUAAUUAAUUAUUUUUCCUGUUUACUUCACAUACACAAGGCAUUAUCGCUUUAAGCUAUAACUGUUGGACGGUCUAUAGAGUUUACUUAUAACAUUAAACCUUUAUAUUCAACGUUUUAUUUUAUAUUAUGUUUAUCGAAAUAAAAAUUUGAAAUUUU